AGCGGAAUCACAUGGAGUUAUGUCAACACGACUGAUGCUGUCUGUUAUUUUGUUUUAUUUUCACGGAAUGACUUUAAAACUAUAAAUCGGCAAGUACGUUUACUAUAUAAUCAACUAUAUAUAUUAACGUUGUGGUAUUCAUAUAAGAUAAUUAUGGUAAUCCUAUGAGGUUUGUAGCUCUGCAGCUCUGAUACGUUACUAAAAAUUAAUAAUUGCAUCUUGUUUAUUCGUUUAAAUGAUUAUAUGACAUAGAGGUUUGUAUAAGCCGGAUAUAACAAGCCUCGUCCAACUGGCAAAUGUAUGCCGUGAUAUUUUAUGCAUGAUGUUGCAAAAGUGAUGCUGCAGUAAACUGAAUCUUCAGCCAAGAAUUGGUUCCGUGACGUCAUGGAGUCAAUGCAGCUGCAGGUGGGCUCGUGCUUGAGGACUCUCUCCACCUCACGAGAUUCUGGGGAGAUCGUGCACGCGCUGCGCACACUCACACGCUACCUGAAGGACGGCGAGUUCACGCGCCUUCAUUACACACGGGUGAUUCAGGUGCUGGUGAGCGCGCACUGGUUCAGCAGGUCGUGUGAAGAUGAGGAGAUCAACAAGCUCUGGGAUGAGAUGUUCCUCAGAGGUCCACCGGACCAAGCACUGCUGCUUCUGCUGGACACCAUAAGCUCCACAGGGGAGAGUGCGGGUCUGGAGCAAUGUGUGUCCGUCCUGGAGAAGUUCCUCUCUGCAGGUCGUCUCCAGGUGUUGUUGUGGUCCAGAUGCGACGUGGGCGGAGCCUGUUCAGACUCUCCCCAGCUAAGAGAGACUGUCAUUGGCCACCUUGCGGCUUUACCCUCCAUCACCUGCAACCAUCUGCACACAAACACACCUGAUGCCUUCUUACCACAGCGGUAUUACCCUCUGCUGGCCGCCAGCAUACUGGACACACUGGAGAAGACAUGCCAUGCUCUCAGAGCGGGAACAGAUUGCUCUCUUGGCUUUGUGGCUCAAGUGUUGGGAAAAGUGUGCAUCCAAGGAUACAGCUCUCAGAUUUUUGAGACUCUGGCACCCCGGCUCUCAUCUCUGACCCGCGUGGACCCGCUGUGGCAGCGUGUGACGCAGAGACUCCUGGAGAAGGUUCCAGAAAGAUGCACGGAGUGUGUCAUCACGGGACUCAUACGCAGCCUCAGCGGGGCGGCUGCUGUUUCCAGGCUGAUGGGAAACCUGGUGGUGACCAAUAAGAAAGCUCAGUUUGUUCUCACUCAUAAAUUGCUAUUGCAGCAGUACCACCAUCCAACUCAGUUGUUAAAGUCAGUUCUUGGUUAUUUGGCUCUGGAUUCAGAGCGUCGGACGCUGCUUAAACAGGUCCUUCGGAGUGUGUGUCAGGUGUGGUGUAACAGCAGUGCCGUGAAACACACGUGUGUCGAGCAGCAGCUGUACGUCAGUAAAGCUCUACUGCUAUGUGUGGCUUUACUCAAUCAUUCUGAAAUACAAGAACUAAGACAAGAGAUGUUGCAGUGCAUGCUGGGAGGUGUCCAGUGUCGCCUGGACAGCAAUAUUGAGCGUAUUCGGCGAAUGGGAAUGGUCGUGGGCGAGUGUCUCAGUCACAGAUUAGACACACCAGGAUCACAAUUAAAAUUCCAGUAUGAGGCAGAUGAGGAGAUCAGAGAGCUGAAGUCAUUAAUGGAGUGUACAUCUGUUGAGGACGACGAGGAACACCAGCCUGAUUCCUCCACUAGUCUUCAACCAGAGCCCAAAGUUGAGGGCUCAGCAGGCCAGUCAGUGCCGUCAAAGCCAGAGACAUCUGAGACUGGAUGCGGGAGUGAUUCUGAACUGGACAGUGAUGAUGAUCUGACUCCAUAUGACAUGUCAGCUGAUCACGAGAAAAAUAAAUCAGCGCCGCCCCGUUACGUCAGAGACUGUCUGGAAGCGUUAAUGUCGUCUGAUGAUGCUGAACGGGUUGAACUCAGUCUGCAAGUGGCGGAAGGUCUUCUUAGAAAGAAUGUGAAGGCCACACAAGAGGUGAGUGUUCAGUUCAGUAAAGUACUGCUUCACCUGGAGGACAGAUACAACACACUGCACUUCCACACACUCCGGCAGAACGCCAUGGUGGCCCUCACAGUUACAGACAUCAAACCGGUUGUAGAUUAUUGGACGACUGAGUUCUACUCUCUCAACUACAGCUUGAGACAGAGACUGGACAUUCUGGAGGUUCUUGCUCUCUCAGCCCAGGAACUAUCUGAGCCAAUCACGAAGAAGCACGCUGGAGCUCAGCCAAUCAGUGCAGUGACAGCUCUGGAGCAGUGUGAUGACAUCACACACUGGCGGCAGAUUGUGGAAAAACGAAUCCAGAGUAAAACCAGACGAAUUGGCAAGGGUGGGUCUCAACCAGUCAAAGCCACUCCCAACCGUUACGCUCCGGUUGCGGGAUUCUUCCUUUUCCCGCUGCUCAGGAACUAUGACAGGCCACAGGUGACCUUUGACCUUCUGGGGAGUGAUCAUCUGGUGCUAGGAAGGCUGCUGCACACACUUGGGCUUCUCAUGCACCUGGCCAUCAAUGCACCGGUUGUGUCUCAGAUGGGCCGAGCACUGCUGGAUUUUGUUUGGGCUGUGCGCUUCCACACUGACCAGAUGGUGCGUAGAGGUGUUAUGUUUGCGGUUUGUGCUGUGUUUUUGAGCAUGCCUGGUGAGAACUUACUCAUAGAACUCGGUGAUGACCUGAUGGAGACCAGAGCCUGGCUAGCAGAUGUGGCAGAGAAUGAUUGUGAUGCAGACUGCAGGAAUUUGGCGGUACAGAGUUUAAUGCUGCUGGACAAAAACCUCAAAACUCAGCUUCAGAUCCCAGAUAUGGAGACCUGAAAGGGCUGACAGUAUCACACACUCAUGUGGAGAAGAUUUGAUGACCCUGGCAUGAUGCAUCCCUAAUUAUUAUGGCUUUGCUCUUUGGAUUUGAUGUAUUAUGUUAUUUUUGUUCUACUAAUGUUUAGUGACUGUAAAAUAAAGAGCUUUAUAGGGGCACUGAAAACUUCUGUUCACAAAACAAAGUUUGUUACAAUUUAUGCCAUGCUUUUAGAGAAACCUGUAAUUUUAUGCAUACUCUUAGGUCUUAGAAAGCAUUUUAGUCUGUUGUGAACAGCUACUACAGAUAUACAGUAGAGUUACCAUAUUCGACAAUGCAGCGUAACAGGUUACCAAAAUCUGUUACUCCUCUUUAUUUCACAUAGAAUGACUUUAAUGUUACUCAAAUUCACUUCAGUGAUGUGUAACCUCCUCUAUUUUAUAUAUUAGAAAGCAUAUUGUUCUGAUAUGAAAAGCAACAGACAUACAGCAGGGUUACCAAAUCAGACAAGGCAGUGUAACAGGUUACCGAAAUCUGUUACUCCUCUUUAUUUCACAUAGAAUGACUUUAAUGUUACUAAAAUUCCCUCCAGUGAUGUUUAACCUCUUCUGUUUUAUAUAUUAAAAAGCGUAUUGCUCUGAUGUGAAAAGCAACAGAUAUACAGCAGAGUUACCAAAUCGGACAAGCCAGCGCAACAGGUUACCGAAAUCUGUUACUCCCCUUUAUUUUGCAUAAAAUGAGUUUAAUGUUACCCAGAUUCACUCCAGUAAUGUCUAACCUCCUCUAUUUUAUAUAUUAGACAGCAUAUUGCUCUGAUGUGAAAAGCAACAGACACACAGCAGGUUUACCAAAUCAGACAAGGUAGUGUAACAGGUUACUGAAAUCUGUUACUCCUCUUUAUUUCACACAGAAUGGCUUUAAUAUUACUCAUAUUCACUCCAGUGAUGUCUAACCACCUAUAUUUUAUAUAUUAGAAAGCAUAUUGUUCUGAAAUGAAAAGCAACAGAUAUACACCAUGGUUACCAAAUCUGACAAGCCAGCGUAACAGGUUACCAAAAUAUGUUACUCCCCUUUAUUUCACACAGAAUGGCUUUAAUGUUACUCAAAUUCACUCCAGUGAUGUCUAACCUCUUCUGUUUUAUAUAUUAAAAAACAUAUUGCACUGAUGUGACAAGCAACAGACAUACAGCAUGGUUAACAAAUCGGACAAGCCAGCGCAACAGGUUACUGAAAUCUGUUACUCCCCUUUAUUUUGCAUAAAAUGAGUUUAAUGUUA